GGAGAUAAAUUAAUGCGAGGCAGGGCGAGCCAAUCGGAAGCCGGGGUUUGCUGGCCCACGUUCAACCCACAUGUGUGGCGCUCUAUAUAUAUCUGGCGAACGGAGCGUUUCACUGCACACCGGAACGUGUCCUGCAGCGUCUGAAGGCCCACCUCGAGGCCCUCCACACCUAUCGAAUUCACCGCGUCAAGCUCGAACACUCCGCCGGCGAGUUCCCAACUUCGCGAUAUCCCCAAAGUCGCAACACCGCUCUCUCUCUCUCGUUCUCCCGAGCUCCUCUCGACAUGUCAAGAGCGGCGAGCACGAUGUCCACGUCUCGCAAAUUUUCCAGCCACUCGCAGAGCGGCGGCGGCCGCAGCGUCGCCCGUAGCAGCGCGGCCAGCGUCUACGGCGGCGCCGGUGGCAUCGAGGUGCACUCGGGCGGCGUCUUCAUCUACGGCGCCGAGCCGAUGCUCGGCCCGGCCAAGGCGGCCUUCUCCUCGUCCUCCUUCUCCUCCAUGAGCCUCGGCAGGGGCGGAGGAGGAGGCGGAGGAGGAGCGGGAGGAGGAGGACUGCUGGGCGGCGACGAGAAGCUCGAGAUGCAGGACCUCAACACGCGCCUGGAGGAGUACAUGGAGAAGGUCCGCUACCUGGAGUCUGUCAACAAAGCCCUGGAGAUCAAGAUCAAGGAGUCCCGCGCCAGCAACAUCUCCACCACCAACUACGACCCCCUGCUCGUCAACAUCGAGGCUCUCAUUGAGCAGAUCACAGCUGCGAAGUUGGUGAACGCCCAGAUCUCCCUGGAGAUCGACAACGCCCGCCUGGCCGCCGAUGACUUCAGAACCAAGUGGGAGACGGAAAUUGUGCUGCGCCAGUCGGUGGAGGGCGACAUCGACAACCUGCGGGGCCUCAAGCUGGACUACGAGUCGGAGAGCGGACUGCUGCACUCCCAACUGCAGCUGCUCGCCGAGGAGCUCCUCUACCUCAAGAAGAACCACGCCGAGGAGAUAGCAGCACUGCGUGCGCAGUGCGGUGCCGAGAUGAGCGUGGAGGUGGACAGCACCCCGGGCGUCGAUCUCAGCAAGAUCAUUGCGCAGAUCCGAGCGCAGUACGAGGAGAUGAUCAGGAAGAACCAAGAGGAGGCCGAGGCUGCCUUCAAGAAGCAGGCGGAGAUGGUGAAGGCGACGGCGUCGCAGGGCCAGGCGGCCCUGAACACCGUCAAGAUGGAGAGCAAGGAGGCCCGGCAGUCACUCCAGACACUCAUGCUGGAGCUGGAGAUGCUGCGUAGCACGAACAAGUCUCUGGAAGAUGCGCUGGCCGACACGGAGAACCGCUAUGGCCACGAGCUGCAGCUGCUGCAGGCCCAGCUCCAGAAGCUGGAGGCCGAGAUCGCUCAGGUGCGGACGGGCGACAACGCGCAGCUGCAGGAAUACCAGACCCUGCUCAACGCCAAGAUGAAGCUCGAGAUGGAGAUCGCCACCUACAGGCGCCUGCUGGAGGGAGAGGACAACAGGCUGGGUGGAGCUGGUGGAGCCGGUGGAGCCGGUGGAGCCUUUGGCGCUGGUGGUGGAAGUGGUGGUGCUGGUGGAGCGUUUGGAAGCGGAUAUGGAGGAGGGUUUAGUUCAUCUCAGACUGUCUCUUCCUCCGCAAGCAAAUUCAAUGGCCAAGAUGAUGACGACGACGAUGAUGAUGACGGCGUUGAUGGCACCGUUGCUGGUGGUGUGGGGGUCAUGCAAAAGAGAAGUAAGAAGAAGAUUGUGAAGAUCAUCACGCAGACGAUCGUAGAUGGCAAGGUGGUCGAUCAGGAUGAGAAUGUCCAGGAAAGUGAGAUGGUUGAAUGAUGGGGACAUUCCACUCCUCCCACGUUGCUCCAUCAAAUACACAAUGGCCCCAAAGUUACUACCCGAACGACGACACCUCUAAUACAAGCACGUGUUCCAAGUCAUCACCGGUGUUCAUUCAUUGACCGGACCGCCCCCACCCUCCUCCUCCUCUCGGUGUCUUUGGGAAGCUGAGAUUAACUUAAGAGCUGGGAACUGGAGUUCAUAGAACUACACAUUAAGUUUGACUUCCAACAUGGUUCACUUCAUCAUCAGUACAUGUUUACGAAGGGAAAUUAAACACACUGAAAACCGAACUUAAAAUUGUUUUACAGUAAAAAUGAAACAAACUGCAGGCAAUUUCGGCUUCAAACUUAGUCAGUGCAUCAUAAACCACCGUUUGAAACUUUAAAAACCGCUCUUUGAAAAAGCGAUGGGAAAUUUAAAAUUGUCAUCGCCAGGGAGAUGUUUUAACAUCUUAGCAGUGCAUGACCCAGAGACUGGCCGAUUAUAUUUCAAUAUGGGAACCCACCUCAGCAGUACCCUUCAAUGUACUACUAUAAUGAGCCAAGAAUGUCUGUGUGUCCCGCGCGUGACGUCACUCCACGUCGACCAGCCCCCCUCAUUAAUAAUCAUGAACAGGUUACAUCCUCUACAUGGACCCCCCCCCCCCCUCCAUUAAUAAUAAUUAGCGGGUGAUGUCACUCUACAUGGGG